GGUGGAUCUGCGAUGAUAUUGUGUAUGCUAAUAGUAGUUUAAGACGAGUUUUUAAGACACGGUGCGUGCGUGUGUCGUUUUAUGAAAUAGAAGACGCUCAGUGUUUGGGAGUUUUAAAAUAUCUGUUUAAUCAUCAAAAUGGAUUGGAUACACUGCAAUAAAUGUUUCUCUCAAUUAGAACCGGGAAUAUCGUUACAUUUAACAUCAUGUGGUCAUAUGUUUUGCAAUAAGUGCUUGGACAAUGUAACAAAAGGAAAAGAGAAUGCGACAUGUUUAGUAUGCCGCUUGCCAUGUUCUAUUAUGAAAUUAGUACCGGACAUGAAACCCGAAGUCCAAGAUUAUUUCACAGAGCCUGAAGAGUUUAUAAAGAAAUGCAGUGAAGUCUUACAAUUCCAGAGACAGCAUAGAAGACGUCUCUUGUCUUAUCUUUUACAGUCCACCAAAAAGUUCUACUUGGCCCGCACAGAGCUAAAGCGCAUGACUGAAAUAUGCCAAAAGCAGCACCAACAACUGAAAGAGUGCCAGAAAACUAUCAAGAACUUGGAGACACAGCUCGCUAGCGCUAACAAAAAGCAGUCUCCAUUCAGCAUCCCGAUCUCCCCGGGCACUAAUCUGUCCCCGGCGUUCAUACAGGCCCCGCCCUGCAAGCGCCCUGCUAAGAGCACACCGUAUUCUGCGUAUCAGUCUAACCUGGUGACCCCCUCCCGGAUAAGUAAGCAGCGGUCGUCGUGCUACAGCGCUACGAGUCAGAGGUCAAACACAUCGAACAAGAUAACUUCAACGGUGUACACUCCGCCCACCCCCGAGUCGGCAGGGUACAGCGAAUUUUUAAAGAAUCUCUAAUAACGGUAUCUGUGAACGCAUCUUCAAGAAAGUUUGCGAUUCCUUACGAGUUCUCUUUGAAAAACAAAAACAUUUUUUUCAGCGGCUUUCUAAUUUUAGUUAAAUCGUUCGUAACAAAUGCUAAUCGUGUUCCAAACUGGAGGGAGCCAUUUAAAAAUAAUUAGGCAUUUUUUCUGAAUUUUAGCAGAGAUUGAGAAUCUUUCUACUAACUUUAUCGGAUUAUUUCGUUUUCGUGUUUCGACUUAAAAUAAUACAUUUCUAGGGUAUUAAAUAACUUAAGUCCGGAGUCUGGCUAUUCGACGAAUUCUCCAUACGACGAGUUGUCACCGGGCGUUCUGUACUGCAGCGGAGCAGGAAAAAACUGUUCAUUCAAAAAUGGAAUGAAGAUUAUGAAAUAAAUAAUUACGUAAUUUCAUUAAAUAAUACUUAUUGCAUGGUCAUUUCUUCUAAAGCCAAAGUUGAUAGAUAGACAGACAUAGCGUCGGUUAUGACAAAAGUAUGACUUCACGGCAAGCCGAUUUUGCAUAUACACACACACACAUACUUAUCGCGUCGUUCACCGCUCGCUCUUGGCCUUGCCCUAAAGAUGUGUGUGUCGCGCGUAACCACUAGGACAUCGGUGUGUUACAAAAUCACAGUUUUGUUUUAGCGUUCUGACUUCUGCUUAUCUUUCAACUCCUGUUGCAAGCAUACAACCUAUUACAUGGUAGUUUGGCUGCCAGUCUUAGCCCAUUUAUAGGGAAUUUAUAAUAGUCUCUUUCGUUACAUUUACGUCGUUACGUGUAUUUUCAACUGUUUUUCACUGCUACAGUCAGACUAUUAUAUGAUUGCAACAUCUAGGCCUAUAUUUCUAACGAUCUCAUUGUAUUGUGUUGCUAUUACUAUUCUAGACUAUUAUUAGGUGUUAAGUGUGUUUCUCAAUUGUCCAAUGUGAUUCAGUCAUUGUUUUCUAAAUAAUUUGUGAUAAAUAAUGCAUGAUAUCCAAAUGCAUGUUAACUCAUUAAAAUAUAUUUGAAUAAAACCGUUUUUCAAUUUAUAUUUUACUAAGCAAAUCCUGAACGCAGGGUAGCCUCCUUGAAUUCGGGAGUUGUAGGUAUGAAUAAUGUAUUUCUGUUGAGACAAAGCAAAAUGUUUUUAAGUAAAAUUAGCUUAUUAUUCUGUAUUAUUCCGGAGGCUAGGCUCUCGUUAGAUUCAGUCGUGAUAAAUACUUGAAUCGGGCCAUGAUUACGAUAAUAUUCGAGAAUUGUACAAUUCGCCUGGCAGGUAGGCAAUGAGGGUUUUAUAAAAGUUUAAGGGUUCUCUAUAUCUCCCAACAAGGGAUCUAUUCGGGGCCUGACAUUUAAUUAACUGAAACAAUGCAUGAUGAUUGAUGUUUUGCUGCUUAUUGUUCUUAAUAUAUAUUUGGUUUUUUAUCUUAUUACUUACAGAAGAAGCUUAACUGAAAUUACUUCACAAAACAGGAUAUUUUCCUCGCCUCUGCGUAGUUUAAGCUAACAUUGCUAAUACAUUUCAGUAGGAGUUGACAACUUAGUACAACAGUAACACUCUUAACGUACGCAAUUUACUCUAGAUAUAGUUUAUCCCCCCCUUAACUUUAUAAUUUCUCAUCUAGUUAAUUUAUGUACCGAAAUGACAGAUGAAUACAAACGAUUGUGCUAAACGCUAAUUGAGGCUUGUAGCGUGCUUGUCUAUAGCUCAACGCCAUAUCUUUGCUAGAAUGUAGACGAAUUGUCAGAUAGCAGCGUGAACCAUGGUACAGCCGGGAUGUUUUUGUAGCUAGCUUGAUUAAAGGCGUGUUCGUCUAACGAAUUCAGACGGGGACAUGUCCAGAUCCGUCGCAAUCACGACGUCACUGUCCUCGGAGAAAUGGGAAAUGAUUACAGGUUAUUAUGAAACAACUAGUUACAAUGAUGUGAAUAGACAGCUGACUUGGCCUAUGGACCAAUGGUAUACUUGUCGGUAUGCGGGCUUAUCUUGCUGAAAUAAUAUUUGUUGAUAGUCACCAGCUGUGCCUUAAAAGCAGCACUUAUGCCAAAUGGCUUAGGUAUGAGAUGUUCUAUUCAUAAAUGAAUAGGUAUGAGUUUAAAUGCUGUUGAUUCCUUAGGACAAGGCCCGCCAACUGCUAAACUCAUAUAUGUGCUCACGCUUUCAUACUCCUCAGGAAAAUGUUCCUCGGUAAUAGGUUAUAUAGGUACAUUGAGGAACAAAGGAAAACCUUAAGGCGCCGAUUCUGUAAGUCUCGUUAGUCGAUCUGCGACGCUUGAUGCGAACUGAUGUCUAAUAGUAAUAAACCUACUUUCAAAUAAAUAAAUAAAAAACUACAUCCAAAUCAGCUCACUUGAAAGCCUACCUAGCUGCGACAUAGAGACAU